GGGAGCCGCGGCCGGCAUCAGUCGAGUGCCGGAGCGCGCGCCGUGCACACCGCCACCGCCGCCGGUAUAUAACCCCCGCUAUCAGCACCCGUCAUCACACUCCUCACGACCUCGCCACGCGACCCGCACGCCGCCAUACCGCCGCUAGUGACCUGUGCAGUGACCGACAACAAACACCAUGGAACAGGACUGGGGCUACUCCGUCGACAAUGGUCCUUCCACCUGGACGGAGAAGUUUCCAGAAGCGGGUGGAGCCAACCAGAGUCCCGUUGACAUCGACACGUCAGCAGCGCGCACCGGCCACAACGCGCCGCCUCUGCUGUGGCGCUACUCUGUGAACCACACGCGCUCCAUACUCAACCCUGGCUACUGCUGGAGGGUCGAUGAGAACGGCUAUGACUCUGAGCUCCGCGGCGGCCCUCUCGGCGAUGACGUCUACAAGCUGCAGCAGUGGCACUGCCAUUGGGGCGCCGUCAACGGGGAGGGCUCCGAACACACCGUGGACGGAAGACCCUUCUCCGGCGAGCUGCAUCUCGUGCACUGGAACACCUCCAAGUACAACAGCUUUGAGGAGGCGGCCGGCCAAUAUGAUGGACUGGCUGUACUGGGAGUUCUGCUUGAGGUGGGCGACAAGCACGAAGAGCUAGACAAAGUGGUCCGCCUUCUCCCAUACAUCACUCACAAAGGAGACAAGGUCACCAUGAUAGAGCCAGUAGACCCGGCCAAGCUGCUGCCGGGCAAGAUCGCCUAUUGGACGUACCCGGGGUCGUUGACCACGCCCCCGUGCACUGAAUCCGUCACGUGGAUCCUGUUCAAGACGCCGGUGCAGGUGUCUGCUGAUCAGUUGGCGACGAUGCGCAAGCUACGCUGCGGCGAGGCUACCGCCAUGGAGGCCAUGGAGCUGCUUCACAACUACCGGCCCACGCUGCCGCUCGGCAACCGCGACCUGCGCGACUACACGCACGGGAACUAGCCACCAACAGCCACAGACAUGCGACCUCCAUAGUGGAAGACCUCGGAAUAAGGCAGCUACCAACCUGCUUGGUUGGACGACGCCAAGGAGCCCGCAUUACUCGUAGUUCGACACAUGCGACCUCUUUAGUGGAAGACCUCGGAUUAAGGCAGCUACCAAGCAGGUCCAAGCCAAGGAGUUCGCAUCACUCGUUUAAAAUAGUUUUGCUCGUGUGUGUUUGUGGUAGCUAAUGCGAUGUAGUUCCCCGUUUGGGAUCUGUCGGCGAUCAACCGCAUAAUACAGGGUAUUACUAACCUCGUAUCCGAUUGAACACUCGAAAGACUGAUCUUGUUGAAGAUUAGAGGGAUUUCUUUCGUGGCAGCUGGUGUCUGGCAUGUUUUAAACGCGACGUAAAUUGAACGUAGUUAUAGGAGAUUGUAACCUCAAAGAUAUUAUUUAUGUGACAGGGCGGUCUUGAUUUCAAACGCAUUUUUAUUUGUAGCGUUUUUAAAAGCAUUGCGUUUGAAAAUUAGUCAUCUCUAUGAGAUAGAAGUACGGUGCAAUAUUCAAAUGCUUUGUGAUAAGAAUUGCGUUGUAUCCACAUUAUUUAAUAGGUGUUGAAGUGCCUUAUAGAUGUUAACUUGGCGACUCUAUACAUGUCAAGUUAGACGAUCUCGACUGAGUUACUGCUCGUAAUCUCAACUGUAGGUGGCAGUCAUUCAUGCAUAGCUAUUGAACCUGCCUGGGUACUUAGAUGUACAUAUUCACCAGCAUGUAGAUGUAAAACAA